AUGGCCUCCCCGUGGAGGAAGGCCCUGUCUCUCCUCCUUAUUUUUGUGCCUAUCUGUCUGCAUGGGGCUUUGUCACAGGGAGCCAGCCCUGCAGGGCAAAGGAAACCAUUUGUCGAGAGGCUCCGCAGACUGGAAGAGCAGUUCCACAGGCUCCAAGAAGUGACCUUAACACACCUGCGUGUCCUCGCCAGUAACUACAACCUGUCUUAUGGCAUCGAUGCUCGGUUCCAGAGCCUGGCGCGCGAGACACAGGCUAUGGCUCUGGCCGUGAACCGGUCGCAGGCCGCUGUAGAGGGCGAUCUGAGCCACCUCAAGACCUGGAUGCAGAAGACCCAGCGCAGAAGCCGGAAGGUGGAGUCCAGGCUGCUGGCCUUGGGUGCCAUGCUGAGUGAGAGGGGCAAGCAGCACACCCAGGAGGGGAAGGAGCCGCAGGUGCAGAGGGGCACCCUCUCUGGCCUGGCCCAGGACCUGAGGCCCCUGCAGGACACGCUUGCUCGCCUCACGCACCUCAUGCAGGGCCAGGGCGCCAGGCUGGCUGCUCUCGAGGGCCGGGGGCAGGUGGCCUGCCCUGGCACCAUGGCCCCAGGGCUGACCCUGGCCCGGUCCCCAACCCUGCCUGGGCUGCCGAGCCCCAGCUCCCCAACGCUGUAGAGGGGAAGGCAGGUGCUCAGACCUUCGCCUGAGACUGGGGACCCACCUCAGGACUCUGCCGGUGGUCUCCAGGGGAUGCGGGCACUCCCCGGCCCAGGCAGCCAGUGGGCUUGGCCCCCCGAGAGACCAGGAGAGACCUGUGACGUGGGCCCUGUGCUGGUCUUCCCGAACACCUCCACCCAGAACAUCGCCUUCCUCAGCCCCGGCUUCCCAUCAGGCCUGCGAGCCCUGUCCGUCUGCAGCUGGGUGCGCACAGCCUCGGGCCGCCUGGGCACCCUGCUCUCCUACACCAUGGAGGAGAAUGACAACAAGCUUGUGCUGCAUGGCAGCGACUCCCUGGCCCCGGGCUCCAUCCACUUCGUGAUGGGAGACCUGGCCUUCAGGGAGCUGCCCCUGCAGCCACUGCUGGACGGCCAGUGGCACCAUGUUUGUGUCAUCUGGACGUUCACCCUGGGCCGGUACUGGCUGUACGUGGACCGCAGCCUCAUGGCCACCGGCUCCCACUUCAGGGAGGGCUAUGAGAUCCCUGCAGGAGGGUCCCUCAUGCUGGGCCAGGAGCAGGACAGCAUGCGGGGCGGGUUUGACAGCUCUGAGGCUUUCGUGGGCAGCAUGGCAGGCCUGGCCAUUUGGGACCGGGCGCUGGUCCCAGGGGAGGUCGCAAAACUGGCCACUGGGAGGGAGGUCCCGGGGGGCGCCAUCCUGAUGCUGGACAAUGCCCAGUGGGGAGGCUGAUUCGUGCAGAGGGUGAACUGCAGCUGCCUGGAGCUCUGUCCCUGA